AUGCGUUCUUCUCUUGCUGUAAUCUACUCGCAGCUGCUGGCGACAUUCGCUGUGGCGGGUGUUUCUCUGGACUCUCCCUCAGUUCCAAAUAUUGAUAUAAAUCCAGCUCUCGACCCUGUUGAAGCUCUGAAUCAACUGCAAAACUAUACCUACACAGUCCUUGAGCAGAGCAAUGAUGUUUUCAAAAAGACCAAAAAGGGCUGCUCUUUGGCCACAGCAACUAUACGAAGAGACUGGGAGUAUAUGAGCAAACCAGACCGAAAGGCUUACAUUGAAGCUGUACAAUGUCUUCGGAGGUUACCAUCCAAGUCCGACAAGUCAUGGGCCCCGGCAGCAAGGACCCGUUUCGAUGACUUUGUCGCCAUCCACGUUGACCAGAGCUUGUAUAUACAUGGCAACGGUCUUUUCCUCGCCUGGCAUCGCUAUUUCGUAUGGGCCUACGAGCAAGCUCUCCGGAAUGAAUGUGGCUACAGAGGCUACCAACCUUACUGGAAUUGGUUCGCACACACCGACAAUAUCUACGAAUCACCUGUGUUUGAUGGGAGUGACACUAGUUUGGGUGGAGACGGCGAAUACUUUUCUCACAAUGGAAGUCUUGCCGGUGGUCGCACCAUCAGCAUUCCGUCAGGAAAAGGCGGCGGAUGCGUCAAUAGUGGCCCUUUCAAGAAUACUCAAGCAAACAUCGGACCGAUAUCUCCUGGAAUGCAAGGCUUCCCUGACCUAGCAGCUGACAUUACAGACUACAACCCCCACUGCCUACGCCGAGACCUCAGCCCCUACAUACCUAGGAAAUGGUUCACUACAGCCAAUCUGCUGAACGUGACUAUUGUCUCAGGCUCCCGGACACAUAGUGUGUUCUGGACCGAGAUUCUAGGCCGGUACCCGGACGGUUUUCUCGGUCUACAUACAUCAGGUCACUACACUAUGGGCGGCGACGCCACUGACCUAUAUUAUUCUGUCAACGAUCCUGCCUUUUGGCUCCAUCACGCCAUGCUUGAUCGGGUUUAUUGGAUCUGGCAGACGCUCCACCCGGCAGAAGCUAAUAAAGUAGCUGGUACUCUGACCUUGCAAAACAAACCUCCAACGCGCAAUGCGACCAUUGACGAGCCAUUGGACCUAGGAAUUAACGGGAAGACGGUGAAAAUUCGGGAUGUACUAGAUACUAUGGGCGGGACUCCCCUAUGCUACAUUUAUCUCUAA